CUUCAAGGAAAGGCUCGUCAGUUCAAGCCCACAACAACAAAAACCCACGCCUAACUCCCAACGGUACGAGCCCGUAUGACUCAUAGGGGCUCGCGGGAAAAGAGCGAACAAAGUUUAACACUUGCGGCUUCCAAACCCAAAAAUUAACACGCCCUAAACAGAGCGCCACUCUCUCUUCCUCUCUUCUGUCACCGCUACAGGCAGGUCUCUCUUUUAUUCUAAUAGGUGGACUUCACCUUUUCAGGAGCAUGGGCUCAUCAAAUAUCAGAGAUUUGUUGACAUCAUUUAGUCCUUCUUUGGACUUCUUUGCUAUAAGCUCUGGAGAUGGCCGAAUUAAAAUCUGGGACACAUUGAGGGGUCAGAUCCAGACUGAAUUUGCAGACAUCACAACAACCGAUGAGACGAAUAUACUUACGAGACCCGAAAGAGGACAUCUCUCAGUUGAUUAUAAAUGCAUGAAGUGGUUAUCUUUGGAAAGAAAGAGGAAAAGGAAGCUUGGGUCCUCAUUGUUAGUCUUAGGAACAGGUAGUGGUGAUGUUUUAGCACUUGAUGUCUCUGCUGGUCAAUUGAAAUGGAAGGUUAACGACUGCCAUCCUGGGGGUGUUGGUGCCAUUUCGUCUUCUACACAUGGUUCAUGCAUUUACACUGCAGGGGCUGAUGGUAUGAUAUGUGAAAUUGAUUCUUUGUCAGGAAACCUGUUGCAGAAGUUCAGAGCUUCUACAAAGGCAAUAUCCUGCAUGUCUGUUUCGUCAGAUGGGAAGAUGUUAGCUACUGCCGCUGCACAGUUGAAGAUUUUUAACUGUUCUGAUCACAAAAAGAUACAGAAGUUUUCUGGGCAUCCUGGAGCUGUUCGCUGUAUGAUUUUUACUGAAGAUGGGAAGUACAUCCUCUCCUCUGCUGUGGGUGAAAGAUAUGUAGCAGUAUGGAGGAUAAGUGGCGGCAAAAAGCAGUCAUCAAGCUGUGUUCUUUCAAUGGAGCACCCUGCUGUCUUUCUUGAUAGCAGGUGCAUUGAUAGUGGGGAAGUUGACGAUUCAGGUCUAUGUGUUUUGGCUAUUUCGGAAAUUGGCGUCUGUUAUCUUUGGUUUGGACAGAACAUUGAGGAGUUACGCAACGCCAAGCCCACCAAAGUCUCUUUAUCUUCUGAGGACAUUCCCUCUAUAAGUCACAAGGUCGCAUUACCUACAAUAUUUGCUGCCAAAUUACAAGGCAUUAGUGAACCUAUGUCUGGGCAGGUCUUUGUUGCUUAUGGAUUGCUAGUAAAGCCAUCAUUUCAGAAAAUUUUAGUGCAUUCUGGCACAGUUGUAAAGUUAAGCAUCUCCAAUGAUGGGGUUCUUCUACCAAUGAGUCAAUCUCGUGUCAAAUCUAAGAAAGGACUAGAUUUACAAAAUGGAGUUACUGCAUUAGAUCGUGCAAAUGCGGAGGAUGCCUUACUUCCAAUUCCAAAGGUUUUUGAUUCUAUUGAGAAACAGAAAAUGUAUAAGGAAAUGAGUGUUGAUGCUGAUGAAAUGGCUGAUUUGGGAGAUAGCAGGAGUCAAGCUGAAUCUGUUGGGGAGAAAGAUGACAUGGUAGAGCUAGAAGUUGACACUGAAACAUCUUGCCUGGAGGAUCGGCUGAGGUCAUUAGGGAUACUGAGUAGUGGAGAUGAUCUAACAUUAGGGUUGACAGCUAAUUCUGCAACACUCAAGGGUAUUGACCUUGAAGCUGAUAUGCCACAAAAGAAGAUAAGGGCAUCUGUUCUCUCUAUGGUACCUAGUGAUGCAUACAAGUUACUGCGAGUCUUGGUGGCCAAGUGGCAAUCAAGGACAUGCUGUGGAAAGUAUGUUCUUCCAUGGAUAUAUCAUAUAUUUUUGAAUCACGGUCAUCAUGUUAUCUCUCAGGAACCAACAACCCAGAUGCUUAACUCCUUAUCCAAGAUUACCAAAUCCAGAGGUGCUGCCAUCCACCCUUUAUUACAAUUAUCGGGUCGUUUGCAACUUGUGAUGGCACAGAUUGACAAGGCUUCGCAGAACAAAAGUCAAAUUUUGGUGCAUGAUAAUAAAACCAUUGAAAGUGAGGAUGAGGAUGAGGAUGGGGAUGAGGAUGAGGAUGAGGAUGUCGAUGAAAUUCUUUAUGGAGAAGAAGAUGAGGAAUCUGAAUUAAGCAGUGAUGACAAUAACUAGGUGCAUUUUACCAAAAGCGGUAAACAAUUUUGUAAGAACAGUUUGCUUUUGCUUUAUGUAUGACUUGUUCUAGACGUUUAUAUAGUUAGUAGGUUAACAUGGUUGCAUGAGAUAAUUAUGUGAAUCUCCAUUUAUACUUUGAAGUUUGGUUGACAGCUGUUUGGUUAAGGCCUGGUCAGGUAUUUGUAUUUUGACCUUAAGGUUUCUAUGAAUAUGUUCAGAGUAAAUAUCUUAUGUUCUCGUGUUAGUAAGACUGAAACCUAUGGAUGAGAAUCUAUUUCAUUCUGUUGCAUGGCUUGUGCUUUCUAGCAGCUUCAAAAGAAUCAAGACUGAGAGGCUUAACAUGGUGCAGGAUGUACGUCAAUUUUCACCAGGUUGUUUUCUGAUGGUGCAAGAAUUAACUGUGGCUUUGACCUUUCUACACUCAGGCUGUCUUGCCCUGUCUUAUCGCCUUGAAUUUGUUUCCAUCUAGUUUCCUCCUUGCUCAUGGGAAGGAAUUUGGGGUUUGUUCAGACGGGUCAAUCCAAUGUUUUUCUUUUUAUUCUUUGUUACUUUGGAGAUGAAUGUCUUCUGUUGAUUAUUGAUGGUGAAGUGAGACAGUAAGACAGACUGAGCUUAUGAGCUUAUUUUCCUAGGUUGGAGCAAGUUGAUAGGAUCUGCCUGUAAUUUUUACUGAGGCACAGUUUUGUAAACAUAUAUUUGUUAUAAGUUUUAAAAGGCGCAGCAAUUUUGUAGGAGAACAUGUGCUUGUCUGCUUUUACCUUU